UUUCAUCUAGUUUCAUACAUUCUGAAGCACCACAGCUCCACCAUAUCUAAGGAAGACAUAAAUGUGGCUUUCUUGCAAGCAUGCAUUAAUGGUCAUGAAGAUAUUGCAAGGCUGCUACUAGAGCAUGGUGCAUCUGUUGAUUAUCGAGACACUGACAAUUGGACGGCAGCUCAUUUUGCAUCGGCACACAGUCACAGUUCAAUCCUUCAUCUUCUCUUUGAAUAUGGGGCAGACGUCACACUACUUGACACUGAUGGUAACUUCGCUUUGGAUUAUUCAGUGAAUGCAACAGUGAGGAAUAUCAUUGAAGAAGAGAUGGCACAAUCAGGUGUUUAUACAGAGGACCUUCCCUCUUUACGUAUGAGGCAACUUAAAGCAAUGACUGCAGCAGUUCGGAAUGCAUUAUUGAAAGGGAAAGAUCUGACCUUACCUAAUAGGAAUGGAGUGACCCCAUUGCACACAGCUGCUGCUUAUGGAUAUCAUGAAGUAGUGCAGUUAUUGGUUGAGUCUGGCUCUAUUCCUCUCUCUAUACUGGAUGAGUCUGGGUGCACUCCUCUCUACCUGGCAAUGAAAUACAAGCAGACUCAAAUUGCCAAGUAUUUACUUGAUAGUGGUGCCAAGAUGGAAGAAGCUUCUUCUAGUGAAUUCAAACUAAGCUUUGAAAGACCAACCGAGGAACAAUCUCCUUUGCCAUCCAACCAAUGGAAACUCAAGAGAGCAUCAGCUGAUGAUGCCAUGAGGGAGAAGCAUUUCCUAUCCCGAUACAUUGGAGUGGUACAGGACAGCUCCAGAGGAGAGGGCACACUGUUAGAUGAUGAUGCUGACGUUCCAUUCAGUGAAAUACUCACUGGAAGCAGUGACUCAAUAACUCGCUCAUACAUUCCAUCGACAAUAGACAACGAGGAAGAGGGACUGAGGGAGGAUGAAGGAGAUAAUUACCUAGAGGACAGCAUCAGUGAGAGGGUUGAAGAGUUGCAAGUAAAGGCACCAACUCCUCUACAAGCCAUUCCAGAAAUGAUCUACGAUACUUGUCCUAAACUGGCCACACCUACUAAAGCUACGCCUCCUUUGGUGGUUGAAGAUAUGUAUGAUGUUGCAGUCAUGCCUUCGAAACCAAAAAGCAAAAGUAUCUAUGAUGACGAUUUCACACUCUCCGGUUUCCACGGCAACAGCGGACGUGUCACACCAAAUAACGAAAUUUAUAAUUUGGAGGCAGAUAAUGUAGAUAGUCCAAGCCACACCCCUUUGAUGAAACAGCUGGUUCCAAGCAAAGAUCAGGACCACUCCCCCAGGCCUACUUCUCCUUCUCCUUACGAGACGUUUGUCAGUAUCCAUUCCAAUAAAAUGACCACGCCCAGUCCAACCACACCCACAUCAGCCCCGCCCAUUCCAAUAAGAAGAGUAAAAGAUAAAAAGAAUUCUGAGCCAAUCAUAGCUCGCAAACAAACCGAGUCAAAGAAACAGCGUAGCAUCAGUGUCGAUAACUCCAUUAGUGCUGUGGGGGCAUGGCUGCAAAACUUCCAUAAAAAGAGCACGCCCGUUGCACCUCUUGUACUUCCAAACUUUAAAAAACCAGCCCCUAAGUCCCCGGUUUUACCACCUCGCCGUAUGGAGCUAGGACAACUCAGCCCCGCCCACACUCAAGUUAAUCAAACGCCUGUCCACUCACCAGUCCAUUCUACCAGUAGCUCCCCGAUUCAUUUAUCCGUUCAACCACGGGCCCGUCCGUCGUCCUUAUCUCCCGUACCGCUAUCACCUAAUUACGAUGCAGACCCGCCUCCAUCCUACGCCACCGUGCUUCAUUGCCCCGAGCAGUUUUCAAUACCUGGUAGAGUAGAAUCUCCUUCUCCUCCUCCUGUUCCCCCUCAUCCCAGCCACUGGUUAGUCCGUCCUCAGAUUCGUCAGCGCUCCGAGCCUAAUAAUAUCGGUUUUCGUAAGUCGAAUUUGCGUAAGAUUUCUUCCGGUCCUCUUGAUGAUAGGAGCCUUGCUUUGUUCAGUAGUGGGUCAGACUCUGCUAUUAUUAAUGAGACGACUGAUGGGGAGGUUGUUAGGAAAGUAAUCAAACCGUACACGUUUAGAACCAGGUUUCAGUAACAGUUCCACUAUCUACAAUCAUAACUGCUUCACUUCUUCAUUCAAAUCGUCAUUCCUGUUAGUUCAUCCGUUCUUUUUCAAUCCUUUACUUGUCACAAGUUUGUAUAAUAAAAAGGUCAAUAACAGAUUGUUUUUUCUCCUUGUUUUUUUUUCUCCCACUUUUAUUUAACGUUAUUUUUUGAGUCAUUGUUUUUCCUCAAUAUUAAUUAUCUUAGCCUUUACUUUUCACAAGUUUGUGUAAAUAACAUUGCAUUAUUUUUCUCCUCCUAUUUAAAUGUUUACAAAAGUAUAUUUUAAAUGUUUUUUUUUCAAAAAAA